AUUUUUUUUUUUUCUGAAUUAUUUGUUGUGUUUUGAUGUGAAUAUUGUAAGAUUAAAGUAAUAAUAAUACUAACAAAUUUGAACUUCAAAUUUUAAUUUGGCAUGUGUGCUAGAUAGAAAGCAUUAUAUCUCCAGUUUAAGAGAAAGGUUGCAUCUUGAUGAAAUGCAAAUGUUGCAAUUGUUUAAUGAGAAUGUUUGAUCAACGAUAAUCCGUAGUACUUCUCUUUUUAAGUGACUAAAAUUUUCAGUUGAAUUUUCUUUUUUUUUGGUAAUUAAUUUUCAGUUUCAUCAUUUCAUGCUUGAUUUCAUAGUUGAUAUUAUUAGAGACAAAAACAAAAUACAUUGUCACUAUUAAUGGCAUGUCAUCUAUAUUUAUUUUUAAUUUCUCGUGUGAGUUCGUAUAUAUUAAAACAUCAAUUAAAUUUGAUUGCAUGUUAUUUUCACCAAUUUGAUGGUCUUGGAAUUGGAUAAUAUUAGUUUUGGAAAGAUUUGGGAGAGUCAACUUUCAACUUCUUAUCAAAAUUUGACACGGAUGAUAUUGGUGAAAUGUGAUAAAAUAAAACAUGUAUUUCCAUUUUCCAUUGCUAAAAACCUCGAGCAACUUUAAUACCUUAUGAUAAAGGGUUGUAAAGUUUUAGAGAAGAUUGUUGAAAAGGAAGAAGGAGCAGAAAUUGUUAAUUUUAUCUUUCCACGAAUAACUGAAUUGAAGCUUGAAGAUUUACCAAAACUUACCAUUUUCUGCCAAGGAGCAUAUGCUUUGGAAUUGCCCAUAUUGAAAACACUGAAGAUAACAGGGUGUCCAAAUUUCACUUUAAGAUAUCAAGGCUUCAAAGAUAGUAAUGAGGAAGGCGAAAUUCAAGAUUUGGAGUCAAAAUCCAUCUUCUUUGGGCAUAAGGAUAUUUUCACCAAUUUGAUGGUCUUGGAGUUGGUCAAUAUUAAUUUUGGAAAGAUUUGGGAGAGUCAACCUUCAACUUCUUCUUAUCAAAAUUUGACACGGAUGAUAUUGGUGAAAUGUGAUAAAAUAAAACAUGUAUUUCCAUUUUCCAUUGCUAAAAGCCUCGAGCAACUUCAAUACCUUAUGAUAAAUGGUUGUGAAGUUUUAGAGAAGAUUGUUGAAAAGGAAGGAGCAGAAGUUGUUAGUUUUAUCUUUCCACAAAUAACUGAAUUGAACCUUGAAGAUUUACCAAAACUUACCAUUUUCUGCCAAGGAGUGUAUGCUUUGGAAUUGCCCAUAUUGAAAACACUGAAGAUAACAAGGUGUCCAAAUUUCACUUUAAGAUAUCAAGGCUUUCAAGAAAAUAAUGAGGAAGGCGAAAUUCAAGAUUUGAAGUCAAAAUCCAUCUUCUUUGGACAUAAGGAUAUUCUCACCAAUUUGAUGGUCUUGGAGUUGGUCGAUAUUAGUUUUAGAAAGAUUUGGGAGAGUCAACUUUCAACUCCUUCAUAUCAAAAUUUGACAAAGUUGAUUUUGCGAAGAUGUGAUAAAAUAAAAUAUGUAUUUCCAUUUUUCAUUGCCAAAAGCCUCCAACAACUCCAAUACCUUGACAUAUCAUAUUGUGAGAUUUUAGAGAAGAUUGUUGAAGAAGAAGAAAAAGCAGAAGUGGUUAAUUCUAUCUUUCCAAAGUUAAUUAAAUUGGAGCUUGUAAAUUUACCAAAACUUACUGUUUUUUAUCUAAAAGCAGAUGCUUUAAAAUUACCAAUGUUGAAAACAUUUAGGAUAUUUUUUUGUCCGAUCUUCACUUCAAGGUAUCAAAGCUUCCAAGAUAAUAACGACGAAGGUGAAGUUCAAGUUUAUGAGUCAAAAUCCAUUUGCUUGGAGCAUAAGAUCAAUUUUGAUUUGGAGGUAUUUCAAUUGAAGGAUGAUGCGAGAACUAUUACUUGGGAGAGUCAAUCUAAAACUCUUAUAAACAACAAUAGAAAAUUUUCAGUGAAACUCCUUCAUAAAUUUUACAAUUUGAAAGUGCUUAAAAUAUUUCACAGCCCAUCCAAAGAAAUUAAAAGCCCAUUUGAUCUUCCAUAUCUUGAAGUUCUAGAUAUAUAUAGUUGUUAUAGAUUGAGGAGUCUACCGACAUUCUCAACUUAUUUUCUAAAUCUUAAGGUUCUGCGUUUAAGUUAUUGCCACAAGUUGAUAGGGAGGUUAAUAACAUUUUCAAUGGCUAAAAGUUUGGUGCAAUUGAGAAAAAUUAGCAUAUAUAGGUGUAAUUCGCUAACUGAAGUAGUAGAAGAUGAGGUUGAUGCAACAACAACUGACAUUGGUUUUCACAAUUUGGAGGAGUUGUCACUUAAAAAUUUAGACAGUCUUACAUGCUUUUGUUCUGGGAAUUACUCUUUCAAUUUUCCAUCUUUGAAAGUGUUAGUUAUAGAAGGAUGCCUCAAUAUGAAGACUUUCUGUCUAGGAUUCUUAAGCACUCCAAGGUUACACAAUCUCAAUUAUGAGAAUGAGCUAGUAGAGAUCGGGGAAAAUGACUUGAAUACAAGUAUACAACAAUCACACAAAAAAAGGGUUAACUCUGAUUUGAGUAAAUUAUCAUUAAGUGGAAGAGAUAUCAUGUCAAUUUGGCAAGGAGAGUUCAAAGAGAACUUUGACAAAGCAGAAACUCUUGAAUUGAUUAAGGUUGAAUAUACACACAUUCCAAUUCAUAUCCUUGUAAAGUUUAUCAAUCUUGAAAAACUCAUUUUCAAAGUGAGUUCAUACGAAGAAAUAUUCUCAUAUGAAGAAGAUGAGGAACAUGUUGGAGCACUUGCAAAAUUGAAAAAACUAAAAUUGCAAGGACUUUUUAAUUUGAAGGGCAUUUGGAAACAAGACUUUCAAUUCAAAACAAUUCUUCAAAAUCUUCAUUUUUUAGAAGUAGAAGAUUGUCACAAUUUGAUGACUUUACUGCCACCUUCAUCAUCUUUUGAAAAUCUAGUGGCAUUGGAAGUACAUUAUUGUAAUGGAUUGCAAAACUUAAUGACAUCCUCAACAGUCAAAAGUCUAAUGCGUCUAAAAAGCUUGUCAAUACGAAGAUGUGAAAUGAUGAUAGAAGUAUUAGCAAAUGAUGAAGGUAUAGAGAAAGAUGAAAUUGUUUUUGGGAAAUUAGAAGGGUUGUUAUUGUUUGAUUUAGAGAGUCUCACAGGCUUUGGUUCAGGGAAAUACAACUUAAAAUUUCCAUCAUUAGAGUCAUUAUCAGUGAGUCAAUGCUCCAAGAUGAAGAUUUUCUUUGAGGGAGGCUUAAACAUGCCAAAGUUAUGGUUGGUGAACGAGAAAGAUUGUUUAAGUGACCUUAAUUGUGUCACACAACAAUUACAAAAUGAUUGUUCAAAGUUAUGGGAGGAAAGUGCAAAAUCAUAUGGUCAAGGAGCUGGUAAAACUCGAUACUGCUGCGAUUAUUGCAACAAAAUCAUUAGGGGGAUCCGCAUGAAUUGUGCAAUUUGCCCUGAUUUUGACCUCUGUGUAGAGUGCUUCAGUGUUGGAGCUGAAGUGACACCUCACAAGAGCAAUCACCCCUACAAAGUUCAUGGACAAUCUCUCAUUCCCACUUAUAUGCCCUGACUGGAAUGCAGAUGAUGAAAUGCUGCUUCUAGAGGUGUUUUGAGUUCUCCUUUUCAUUUCUAACAGUUGUGCAUGAUUUGCAACAAUAUUUGGAAUUUGGAGUAACUUAUGUUUAUCUUGCAUCUGUUAAAAUUGUGUAUGUUAGGGAAUUGAAAUUUUGUAUGUUAGGAUUUGAACUGGAUUUUAAUUUAAAUAAAGGCCAAAGGAAUUUAUUUAUUCUUCUUAAACAUAGUUCAAUUGAUUUUAUAAAUUGCCUUUAUAAUUUCAAUUGAUUAAUAAAUUAUAAGGCUAUAGAUGAUAUUAAUAGAAAUCAAGGGGACUAAAUUGAAAUGAUAUAAUCACAUGAAGGACUUUAGUGAUAUUAUCAAAUCUUAUAAAUUUAUGGCAGAAUUAUAGAACAAGUACUCCUCGAAGUCUCCUCUAGUAUUCGGCUUCAUGGAUUGAGGUCAUUUCCAUCACCUCAAAUAUAUAGAAUUAAAACUAUUUGAAUGUGUAUGUUAAUGUUUUUAAUUUUGCAGAUGAGAUUGUCAAGUUAUUCCUCAAUUUGUUUGCAUGUCGGCAAAAUUGGUGGUAAAUGACUUUCAAUACAUUGGGAGUGGAUCAAAAGUUGCAAGAUGAUUGCAGGAUUGUGAGAAAGGUAGUAUUCAAUUUAGGGAAGGUCAAUCAAGGAUCAUAAAGUGCAAAUACAUUGAAUUGAAUGGCUCUUGAAUAUAUUUAUCUGAGUUGAAAAGCAGAUCACCAUGUUUCAAAUCCAAGGAUGUAAAAAUCUAAUAUAGAGCUACUUAAAUGACAAUUCUCCUUCCUCAAGUGUCAAGAUUGCAUCAAUUUCAGCAUUCUGGCCAUUCUCUGAACAAAUUUUUUGGGCUGAAAUUUUAGUUUGGAAGAAAUGCAUUGUUCUUUAUGAUUGCAGAUAGUUCUGAGUCCUCCGGUGGAACUUUCAGAAUGAAGCCUCUGCGUAGAUUGUAUGGCAUUGCAGCUCAUGUUCCUUCUGUUUAAAUUAAAUGUGCAUGAAUGCUUCAAGAUGAAGACUUUCUCUCGACAAGGCUUAAGCAUGCUAAGGUUAAGAGAGGUGAACUGAAAAUAUUGCUUGAAGAAUGAGCUUAAUACGGUCAUACAAUCAUUACAAAAUGACAGGGCAUAUUGCUCUAAGUUGUUAUCAUAGAUUUGAUGUUACAUACAUUGGUAAUAACAAAAUGUUAUCAGAAGUAAAUAAUGUUGGUCACGUCUGAUUUUGUUGAAGAUCCUAUGAGCUCUCAAGUGUUUCAGAAAAAUUUUCAGCCACAGAAUGUAGUGAAGCAGAUGAGCUAUCCUCAGUAGCAUGAUGUGAUGAAGCAAAUAAACCAGUCCACAGCUCCAGUUGCAAAUGGUGCAUGUAGCAGAGCAGUCAGUCACUCUGCAGAAAGCAAUAAUCUUGUCAAACAUGCAAGCAUCUCUGCAAAGUCUUUUAUUGCAGGACGAGAGGUUGUGAAUGCUCUCAAUUGGUAUCUUGAUUCUGGAAUGACAGACCACAUUGUCUCUGAACUCAGUAAACUGGAUGUCAAUGCUGUUUAUAAUGGGAAACAAUAGCCACAGGUUGGCAGUGGCGAUUGCUAGCCCAUAACACAUACAGGUUCUCUUACUCUACCUACCUUUGUUCAAAAUAAAUUUCUAACUUUGUCUGGUGUGCUGUGUGUGCCAAAAAUAACCAAAAACCUUAGCACUGUAUCUAAACUUGCUCUUAAUAACCAUGUUCUGAUUGAGUUCACUAAUAGGUUUUGUUUUAUCAAGGAUAGGGAAACAAAUCUACUGCUUAUCCUUGGAGUUACUAAAGAAGGACUAUAUCAGCUCAUUAUUCUUUCUCCAGUUCGGUCACACAAUCAAUCUUACAUUUCUGGUUCAGCUCAACAAAAUAUGUUGUUUGAUUCAAAAUAUAUGCAUAAACUAGCCUUUCAAUCAAAUAAAAUAGAUCUUGUCUUGUGGCAUAGGAGGUUAGGCCACCCUUGUAAAUGGUGAUUUUUAAUGGAGAUUUGUAUGCUAAGAGAACAUGAAAAAAUGCAAAAACAGAGGAGAGAAAAAGGAAAAAACAGAGAGCUGGAACGGAAGAAGUUUUUGGCUGUGAGAAGUCUACAUUUUCUAUUCUUUUCCAUACAUUUAUAUUUACAUUAGUUCCACUAAAUCCAUGUACAAUAGCAGCUUAAAUUAAGCUUAUCCAUACAAUUUCUUACAAGCUAACCAAACCUUAGUUAUCAAAGUACACCAAACACAACUACUACAAUUUUGGUUUAGUUGCAAUCUAACCAAAACAUUACAAAAUGGUUAAGUAAGUUUGUCAUCAUUUUAAGGCUAUAAAAAUAAUCCACAUCAGCUUCAACAUUCUGCACCAAAACCAUAUUCAAAAAAUUCAGAAUUUUCCAGCAGCCUACUUCACUGCUCUAUAGCUUUACCAGUAAACAAGUUCUAUAAAAAAUGUUGAAUGCCAUGUACUCUUCCUUCAAUGUUGAGAAUAGAGAUUUUUUUUGCUCU